CUCCGGACGCCCUCUGCUGGGAUUGCCCGCCCGGCCCUGCUUGCUCCUCUCCCGGCCGAUCGACUUGACAAGUCCCAACAGUUAACGGUUUUGGGUGGUUUGCAUUUUACGAGCCCCCGGGGCGUGGGGGCUGCAGGGGCACUGGGGUCCUCCCGGGAGCUCCUGCCCCAGCGGCAUCGCGUCAGCCUGUAAAAAGGGCCCAGAGCAAAUCUUAUUUCGUGCCUUUCCCUCCUCCCCCCACGAAUCUUAAGAGCUGCAGUUUGGCGGGCACACCCAGUGCAUCACUUUAAUACCCCCAGAUGGGACUUGAGGAGUCUUUGUCUAAAGGCAUGUGAACGAAGUGGUUGAAAAAUAAAAUCCUGCUUGAGUGGUGAGAAUCUGUAUUUGAAUUGGAAACAGAAUUCCUCCGGGAGUGGUGAUGAGGUGAAUAGUUGAGCAUAAAAUCAGCUCCACAACUGCAAAAGGAAAUAGCGAUGCCUCAUAUAAUGAUCAUUAGUAAGAGAAAGAGCCGAAACUGCCCUCCACUGUGUCUCCUGCUGACCCAUGAGUAGGAAACCUGAGGGCAGUGGCCUUGGCAAGUGCAGGCCAAAGGUGUGACAUUUAGUAACUAAGGCAGUUCUGCAAGACCUCUGUUGCUCCCUAGUCAUCCCAUCCCUCACUGACUGGCCCUGUCUCAGCCCCAGGGACCCUUCCAGUCUGGCGGGGUCAGCAAAGAGAUGUACCUCCAAAGAGGGUAAUUCUGGGGCCCUCCCUGAUGCUGCAAGGGGUUAAGUCACAGCACUAUGGAGCUAUCAGCAGCCACUGCAGAACAAGUUCAAUCCCCAGCCAGGGAGCUGACUCACAUGGCCUAGCAGACCUCUCCUGUUAUCCCUGCUACUCCCCUCAGCAGUGCAUUUCUGUCAAUCUGCCUGUUCUGCUCCCAGCUCUGUCUCUGGUGAAUCUUCUCUCCACCCCCCACCCCAACCUCUGGCCUUGUAUGCAUAAAUAAAUUUUUGAAAAUAAAAACAAAAGAAGGUAAUUCUGAAUGUACCCUCACCUCCUCCCCUUCCAAGUACACCCGCUGCCUCUCAUCUGCUUUCGGUGCCAGAACCAUCUUUUAUUUUUCCCACGAAAGCUCCCUUUGGUACAGGAUGGAACUCGAGCUCAGGAACCCACUUGGCCCUUGCGCACCUAGAAGACCUGGAACAUCAGAGAUAGUGAGAGCAGGUUUAGAAAGCAGGUUGGUGUGCCUGGCAAGGCGAAGGGAGAGGGAACUUGAAUGAAAUGCUUAUAGUCAGGGGGUAAUAAGGGUGAUCUGAGAAAAUCAGGUCAGUUCAAUCUCAUCUACAUGGAUACACAUGUGUUUGCCUGAAGAUUCAUGAGCUAAUUACUAGUGCUUCUGUCUUGGGCCCUGCUAAGAAAUGCUGCUUGUCCAUGAAGCUCUAGAGAAAUUAACUUUUUCCUUAAACUUUAGAGGUGGCCUCCGGUAACCUAAAGGUAACAAAUGAGAGAAGUAGGUCAGGCGGGCACCAAGGCAGAUCAGUGAGAACAUACCCUGAUUAAAAGGGGCCAUUAAUUGUUCUUGAUUAAUCAUUUCUACUCAGGAACCCCAGUCUGCUCCAGAUAUUUUUUAAAGGAAAAAGAGACAACAGGAUUUGCAUAUGAAAUGUCCUGAUUUUUUUUAAUCUUGGCAACUAAUUGAAACAUUUUUAAAUACUGUGUAGACCAAACAGAGCACUGGGCUGCCAACCUGCCACUUCAGCCUUGGUGUAAAUAUUCCCCAGCUAUUUUAAUGACACCAGUGGAGAGCCUGGAGGUCUGGUAGGUGAUGAGUAGAAAGAGAUGGACACUGAAGCAUCAAAGAAUUCCUGGUCUUCCUGGCCACCACUGAAAGGAAUCUAAGCCAUCAUUUUAGGGCAACCUUUCCUUUUAUAGAUGAGGGCACUGAAAAACGAGAGAAGGCAGGGAUUUAUUCAAGGUCAGGCAGCACUGUCUCUGUGAAUGGCAGCCUCAAAACCAGUAAACCCUGGGGCCUUCCUAGGGCCUCACUGGUGAUGCAAAGGGUUAAGUCUCAGCACUAUGAAGCUAUCCGCAGCCACUGCAGCACUGAGUUCGAUCCCGACCAGGGAGCUGACCCAUAUGGCUCAGCAGACCUCUCCUGUCUCUCCUGUCUCCCCUUAGCAAGCAGUGUAUUUCAGUAGAUCCACCUGUUCUGCUCCCCACUCUGUCUCUGGUGAAUCCUCUCACCUCUCCCCCCACACCUCUGGCUACAUCCCAGUUCUUGUAUGCAUAAAUAAAAAUAAAUCUUUAAAAAAAAAAUACAGUAAACCCUGUCUGCCUUGGACACCAAAUCUGGCUCCCCCAGGAGCAUAAAAAACUACCCACAAGUUGGAAAGAGAUGCCUUUUCUGGCUAGAGUCAAAAUUACCCUUCAGCUUUUCUAACCCAACUUUCCCAUUGGCUCAAGGGAGCCACGCCUUCAUAGCCCCUCCCCCUGCCAGCUAGUUUUGUGAAAAAGAGACAUUCUCCGGGAGGCCAAGGGUCACCACAGCACCAUGACUGAGUCUGGCAAGCCCAUCCUCUAUUCCUAUUUCCGAAGCUCCUGCACAUGGAGAGUUCGAAUAGCUCUGGCCUUGAAAAACAUCAACUAUGAGAUAAUUCCUAUCAACCUCAUAAAGGAUGGGGGGCAGCAGUUCUCCCCAGAAUACCAGGCACUGAACCCCAUGAAACAGGUGCCAGCCCUGAAGAUUGAUGGACUCACCAUUGGCCAGUCGCUGGCCAUCAUUGAGUACCUGGAGGAGACCCGGCCCACGCCCAGACUCCUGCCUCAGGACCCCAAGAAGAGGGCGCACGUGCGCAUGAUCUCCGACCUCAUCUCCAGCGGCAUCCAGCCCCUGCAGAACCUGUCUGUCCUGAAGCAAGUGGGAGAGGAGAACCAGCUGGCCUGGGCCCAGAAGGUCAUCAGUUCUGGAUUUAAUGCUCUAGAGAAGAUCCUGAAGGGCACAGCGGGCAAGUACUGUGUGGGAGAUGAGGUGACCAUGGCUGAUCUGUGCUUAGUGCCUCAGGUGGCAAAUGCUGAAAGGUACAAAGUGGAUAUCACUCCCUACCCUACCAUCAGCCGCAUCAACAAGUCACUGCUGGCCUUGGAGGCCUUCCAGGUGUCUCACCCCCUCCGGCAGCCGGACACACCGCCUGAAUUGAGAGCCUAGUGCUCAAACCCAAGCUCACGGGUGUGGGGGCAGGCCAAGGUGUGCCAGAGCAGAAGCUGGGUGGGCUACAUGGUCCUGGAAACAAGUGAGCCUAACUGCAGAGGAAGGAGACUGGCACUCCUAGCUCUGGAUCUGCCUUCCCCCUGAACCUCUUCCUGCCUCAGUCCCCCCGUUUUCCAGUGUGGGCAGAGUGGGGUAGGACGAUGCUGAGAGGCGGUUCGGCAGACAUACCUGUUAUCUGCACCAUUAGGCAGCCAUGACGAUGACAUGAGGUUUGCCAGAAAGCCAUAAAGAAGCCUGAGUACCCCUAUCCUUCCCCCCACUGUAUCUGACUCCAGAAUGCCCACCCCUACAUCUGGUCAUUAAACUGAAGCC